GUUUUCUCUGUUUGGCUUGGUCGAUACAUGCAGGGUUACCAUGGUGACACAUCAGCUACAUUCUUUGUAGGAAAUGUUGACGAGGAAGCCAAAAACUUGGUGCAGGUGACUAAAGGAUGCUUGGACAAGGCAAUAUCAAUAUGUGCUCCAGGAGUGGAAUUCAAUAAAAUUGGCAAGAUUAUACAUGACCUUGCAGAUAAACAUCGCUAUGGGGUUGUGGAACAGUUCGUUGGCCAUGGAGUGGGACGUGCUUUCCACAGUGAUCCAGUCAUCCUACAUUACAGGAAUAAUAGUCGUGGACAGAUGGUGCUCAAUCAGACAUUUACUAUUGAGCCGAUGCUGACAAUUGGUAGCAUAGAUGGAGUAAUGUGGGAUGACAACUGGGCAGUUGUUACAGAAGAUGCUAGUCUAUCGGCACAGUUUGAGCACACCAUUUUGAUAACCCAAGAUGGUGCUGAGAUUCUAACGCAGUGCUAGUGAUAUUCCAGCAACACUACAAUCCGUAUACCUAAAGGACAAUUCGUGAAAGUUUUGUUGUACAAUUCAAUUCAUUGCCUCUCUUGGUAACUACAAUUCUCAACUCGCCCUGUUCUAAGUUUAGUGAUGCACUUGCUGUACUAUUCUUUGGUUUGUGCUAUAGAAAUUAAGUGCUAUUGUUACCCUAACUUGGAAUAUAUAGGGUGUUUCAAUUCUUUAAUCCUUUUCUGGAUGUUCAUUUUC